AUCAUGCGGAAUCACGUUUGCGGAUGUUACAUAUACAGCUCGGAGACCCGCAGACGUACCUACUUGCCGCAGGUCAAUCUGGAAGCUCACACAACAAUCCUGUCAACGGCUUCUCGCACAGUACUGACGCAAAAUUUUGUCAAUGGCUCCAAAGACGCGUUGGACGAGAUAAGGUAUGCUUUUCCAUUGUACGACGGCGUCAGCGUCGUCGAUUUCUACUGUGAAGUCGGAGAGCGCACGAUUUACGGUCUGGUCAAAGAAAAGAACGAUGCCAAAAAGACCUACGAAGAGGCCAAGCAACGAGGUGAAAGCGCUGCGUUGCUGGAACAGCUACCUGAUGCCGCCGAUGUCUUCACAACUACAAUCGGCAAUAUUCCCCAUAACGCAGCUAUAAAAAUCACUAUCAAAUACGUGCAGGAGCUCAAGCAUGAUGCCGAAGUCGAUGGUGUGCGCUUUACCAUACCAACAUGGAUUGCUCCGCGUUACGGAAGUUACCGCCGAGGUUAUCCUUCAGAACUACAAGAAUCACUAAAACCAAUACCUUCUGAAGGGAUUUCAAUCACUGUGGAUAUCAGCAUGGCUGAGGGUAUCCCAAUCAAAAAGAUUGUUUCUCCCUCCCACCCUAUCCAAGUCACACUUGGUUCACUAUCUAGCAGUACCAUCGAUGAAGACCAGUCAUUGUCUCGAGGCUCGGCCACUCUUGCUCUAGGUACAGCGGCACUUGAGAACGAUUUUAUCCUUCAAGUGGUUGCAAAGGACGUCGGUGUUCCUCAAGCGAUUCUAGAGAGUCACCCAACGUUGCCAAAUCAACGCGCUUUGAUGGCUACGUUGGUACCAAAGUUCAAUCUCAAGUCGCAGAAACCAGAAAUCAUUCUCAUUGCAGAUCGCUCAGGUAGUAUGCAAGGGGAGAACAUUACCACUCUCAUAUCGGCACUAAAAAUCUUUUUGAAGUCGAUUCCUCUUGGUUGCACUUUCAACAUUUGCUCUUUCGGGUCAAGUCAUGAGUUCCUUUGGCAUGAAAGUCAAAUAUACGAUGAGAGAACGCUGCAGCAGGCGAUCAAAUAUGUUCAAGAAUUCGAUGCCGGCUUCGGCGGAACGGAAACUCUUGCCGCCCUCAAAGCAUGUUUCGAAGCCUGUACCAAGGAUAGCCCGACUGAGCUUAUUUUGCUCACUGAUGGUGACAUAUGGUCUCAGGACGAGCUUUUCAGCUAUGUUUCCCGUGAAACUGAGAGCGGCGACGUGCGCGUCUUUCCCUUGGGUAUUGGCGGAGGGGUAUCGAGUGCCUUGAUUGAGGGCGUCGCAAGGGCAGGGUGUGGCUUCGCUCAGAUGGUCACGGACAACGAGAAGAUGGAUAGCAAAGUUGUUCGCAUGCUGAAGGGAGCACUUACUGCACACAUCAAGGAUUAUCGUUUGGAGAUCAAAUAUGAAGAUGGUAAUGUCGAGACUGUCGCCGAUGGCCUUCGCGUACACUUGAAUCCCAAAGAGUCCAAGGACUCAAGUGACAAACCCGAAACCAAGCCUGUAUCGCUGUACGACCCUGAUGUCAAAGAAGAGCACCCCAAGGAAGGCGAGUCAAAGGAUAUCUUCGCAGGUCUGCCGGAUCUCAAGCACCCAGCUCUUCUGCAAACGCCCCACAAAAUCCCUUCUCUAUUCCCCUUCUAUCGCACUUGCGUAUACUUGCUCAUUGCGCCCGAGUCCUCGCACUUGAAACUCAAAAGCGUAGUCUUAAGAGGCACCUCCCCACAAGGUCCUCUCGAGCUCGAAAUCCCAAUCGAGUCGCGCAAAGACGCCGACGAUAUGAUCCACCAGCUCGCCGCACGAAAAGCAACUCAAGAGCUUGAGGAAGGCCGAGGCUGGAUCUCAGGUGCUACCAUCGAUGACACGGGUAUGCUAAUCAAGGAAAAGCAUCCAAGCAUGUACGCUCUGCUCCAAAGACGCGAAGCCGUGCGCCUUGGAGUCAAAUUCCAGGUCGGAGGGAAAUACUGCUCUUUCGUCGCAGUUGAAACAAACAAAUCUGCCAUUGCUGAGAUGCGCCAGAAAGCUCUGCAAGCAACGAUAAACAGAGAUAUUGCCAGCAAAGAUGGAGAAGAAGAUGAAGAAGACUGGGAUAUGGUCAAUGAAGGAGCUCCAUUAAGUCAACCUCGGGCACUGCUCCACGCAACAUCGCGCUCAAGACCACUGGUCAGAGCCAUGUUUAGCCGCUCCGCUCGUAAGUCGGCCCCAACAUCCGACGGCCCCGUAGCCGCCAUGGGCGGCAGAGGUGAGAGGGGAGUCGGUAGAGGCAGCCCCAUGUGCCUCUCCGGAGCCCGCUCCGCAUCCGCAAGCUAUACGAGAAGUCGAGGCGGAUUCUGCAACUUCAGAGCCGAAGAGGAAAAAGAGGAAGAGGACGACAGCUCGGAUGAGGACAUGGGAUGUGGACUUUUCGAGGAGGCAGAAGAAGCUAGUGCUGAACCACCAUCCCCCGUAGAAUCAGGGAAAUUCCUCCAGAGUCUAAUUGCGCUGCAAUCCUUCUCCGGCGCUUGGCCCUCUAUCUCGCGUCUUCCGUGCCGGAAAAUGGGCAUCGACGUUGCGGAAGCGAGGGAAGUGGCGCAGAGGCUUGUUGAGGACGGAGUAGCAAAGGACGCAACCAUGGCGGAGCAGUGUGUAGCUACGGCUGCGGUGGUCAGCUUUUUGGAGAAGAAGAUGGCGGAUGAGGAGGAGACGUGGGAGUUGGUUGUUGAGAAGGCGAGGACGUGGCUUGAGGAUACAGUUGAUGCUGCAUAUCUUGGCAGGGUGCUGGUGGCUGGUGCGAGUAUUGUGGGUGCUUGA